AUGAUCAUCAAGAUGGGACUGGAGAGCUGCGAGGGGGGCCAAGUUGAGCCGCGAACUCGGGACGGCGGCGCGAGAAGGUUACAAAUAGAGGAUGUGGCUGUUCAAGGAGUCGGCUGGCAGAGAAGGGUGAUUCUCCCCAUCGUGCGCCCCGCCCCCGGACAGAAGGUUGUACCCAUCCGGACGCAGGCCCGUUCCGCCACGAUCCUGCCCAACUUUGUCGGCCUCAAGUUCCAGGUUUACAACGGCAAGGCGUACAUUGACGUGACGAUUACGGAAGACAUGGUCGGUCACAAACUGGGAGAAUUCUCGCCCACGAGAAAGCCCUUCAUCUGGUCCAGGAUGUAA